AAUGUAUAAGACUAGAUUAUUUUUUUAUUAUAUUGAUGACUGAAGUUACAUUUUUAUUGUGUUAAUUAAACAAUUACUGAAAGUUUAUUAUUAUUAAUUUUGUGAGCUGGCAGUAGUUUGCUGUUGAAACAACUGAGUCAAGCGUAACAUUUCUUUCUUUAAAAUGCAAGAAGAAGAAAAUUUAUGGAAUUCCAUGUUGAUCUCAUUAAAAGAAAAGGGCGGGACCAGGUUACCAACAGACAAAUCUAUGAUUAUAAUAGGUGAUAAUCAAUGUGGUAAAACUACUCUUGUAGCAAAGUUGCAGGGUAUUGACGAUUUGACAAAGGGAAUUGGACUGGAAUAUGCGUAUAUUGAUAUUCGCGAUGAUUAUAAAGAAGAUCAUACGAAAUUGAAUGUAUGGGUACAAGAUGGCAACCCUAAAUACUCGUUUCUAUUAAAAUUUGCAUUGUCUGAGAAGAACUUUAAGAACACAUUGAUUAUGUUUGUUGUUUCUAUGAAAACACCUUGGAAUAUAAUGGAUCAACUAGAAAGUUGGGCAACAUUACUGCAAGACUACAUUGACAAUCUACCAAUUCCUAGUGAAGAUCUUAGAGAAUAUAGACAAAAUUGCAUUAAAAAAUGGAACGAAUACAUUGAAGAAAAUAUUGGUGAUAAAAAUGGGUAUUGGGAACCAUCUCUUGGAGAUGGGGUACUUACAAGAAAUUUAGGUUUAAAUAUAAUUGUCGUUGUAACAAUGACUGAUUACAUAAGUAUUUUGGAAAAAGAAAAUGACUACAAAGAUGAACAUUUUGAUUUCAUACAACAAGCAGUACGCAAAUUUUGUUUACAGUAUGGUGCGUCACUAUUUUAUACAUCAGCUAAAGAAGACAAAAACUGUGAUUUAUUAUAUAAAUUCCUUACACAUAAGAUUUAUAACUUUUCAUUUAAAACACCAGCAUUGAUUGUUGAAAAAGAUGCAGUUUUCAUACCAGCCGGAUGGGAUAGUAUGAAGAAAAUUAGUAUUCUCUAUGAUAACAUGCAGACCAUAAGACCUGAUGAAUUUUAUAACUCCGUUAUAACAAAAGUGAAUACGAGAAAGGCUUUUGCUAAAGACCAUGAAAUCCAAGCAGAAGAUGAACAAGUAUUUUUGAACAAACAAUUAGGAUUACUAAACCAGAGUGCAAGCCAACAGUCACCCAUUGGUAUACCAAGACAAGAUUCUGUAAUGAGAUCACUGACAGGUGUUUCUAAGUCAGGUGAUAGACGUUUGUCGUUAACCAGUCAAGGACAAGGUUCUCCAACAAAAAAGAUUGAUCCAGUAAAAUCAACCAACACGUCAACCCCAGGUGAAGGAGUGUUGGCUAACUUUUUCAAUUCCUUGUUGCAUAAAAAAUCCAAUCAAAGUCCUGUUUUAACUAAAACGACAGGUGAGCUGUCUGGUUCAAAAUCUUUAUCCUUGGAGAAAACUGAAUAUCAUACAGACACAGCAGCUGAACUCGAUAGAUUGGCUAAACGAACAUUGAACUUAUCACAUGAAAUGUCUACUGAAACAAAUUCGUCUGAAAAUGGAAUUGAGGAACAAAUCUCUACUACUUUUGGUGAAAAAUCAUCAUCAGAAUGUUAAUUCCUGGUUGAUAAAUUAUUUUUCCUAUUUUUGUGAUAAUCUAAUAAUCAUUAACGUUUUGUGCAAUUUUAUUUAUUUUUUUUUAGCUUAGAGUGAACAUAUAAAAUAUUUAUUUAUUUAUUUUUAUAUCAAACCUUUAACUAUUAUUUUAUUAUUUUUACUUUAAUCAUACUAUUGCACGGUAUGAAUUUUUAUUUUAAAAUAGUCAAUAAUUCUUGUAUAACUUAAACCAAACUUAGAUAAAAGAGUUGUUACCAGUGUUUGAAAUGGUGGGGGGAGGAUGCAGAGGGAUGGCAUCCCUCUACUUUUUUGUUAGAUGAAGAAUAGAAGAAUGUUAUGAAAUAUGAAUAUAUCAGGAAAUCUGAAUUUUAAGGCAUCCCUCCACACUUAUCUUGAGACAUUUUGAUCACUGGUUGUUAUGAAACACACCAUCCCAAGGAUAUGAAAUGAUAAGGUGCAAUUUUACAACAGAAUUUUUAUUUUUAUACUUCUAUUUAUUUCUAAAUCUCAAAAUUAUUUAAAUUAUUAUACCAUUAUUUUAUGUUUAGUUUGUUUAUAAUUUAAAUAUAUUUUUUGUUCAAAUAAUAAAAUAGAAAACCAUUAAACAACUUUUCAGUUAACUGUGUGGUAUUUAUAGUGUGGAUAAUAAUUUACAGACAAACUAUCCAAUUAAAUAUAAUUACAGUUUAUUUAUAUUGGUAUAUUUUUU